AUGCUGACAGCUUUCCUCGCCCAUAGGUAUCUUCUCCGCCGCGCCGCGCUCCGCGCUGCCUCGUCCACGAGCGCAUCCAUCGCCGUCGUCGCCAGGCCGCGUACCUUCGCCAGCCUCACCUCCACCUCCACCACCUCAGCAUUCCGCCCGCACCAGCGGCAAUGGUUGGCUGCCAGUCAGCGCCGCUACAACAGCGACGACGCCGACGUGUCUCGUCCCACCGAGGAGGCGGCGACUGAGACUGAAGAGGCUGCUGAAGAGGCUGCUGCUGGGAACCCCGAGGUUGAGCCCACCAACGCCGAGGCCGAGUCAUCCACUACCUCGGCCCUCGACACGGCGUCCGAGGCCGUGUCGGCAGUAGGCGCUGCGGCGGCCUCGGCGGCCUCGGCUGCCUUUGGCACCGAGCCGGCGCAGGACGACAAGAAGCAAUUCGUCGGCGACAACGACAGUCAGACGAUCCUCUACGUCGGCAACCUGUUCUACCAGACAACCGAGGACCAGCUUAGGCAGGAGUUCUCGCGGUUCGGCAACCUCGUCAAGACGACCAUCAUUCGCGAUCCCGUUGGCAUGAGCAGAGGGUUUGGCUACGUCGAGUACGACUCUGAAGAGGCCGCGUCGAGUGCGAUCAUGGACAUGAACCAGCGCGUGCUCGAUGGCCGCCGCAUGACGGUGCAGUUCCACAAGAAGCGCGAGGGCCGCGAGGGCCGCGACGGCGGCCGCCUGCGGAUCAGCCGCAACAAGCCGAACCCGCCCAGCAAGACGCUUUUCAUCGGCAACAUGUCGUACGAGAUGAGCGACCGUGACCUCAACGAGCUGUUCCGCGACGUCCGCAACGUGCUCGACGUCCGUGUCGCCAUCGAUCGCCGCACCGGCCAGCCCCGUGGCUUCGCCCACGCAGACUUCCUUGACGAGACCAGCGCGACCAAGGCUAUGAGCAUGCUCCAGGAGAAGGAGGUCUAUGGAAGGCGCCUGCGCGUUGACUACACCUCGGCGUCUGCCGGCCGCACUUAA